UCGGUGGUGCAUCAGGUGGUGGUAUAGUGCGUUAAACGGGGCUCCAACUCCGGGGCGCAAGUGGCAGCUGAAGGCUUCAGCAGAAUACAUCCCAACCUUCCCCAUGGCGUCGCGGGUGAGUGAGUCGGGGGCCGCCCAAGGCCACCCGGGGGCAGUGCCGCGCGGGCGCACCUGCUUCUACGAUCCGGCCUCGCGAGUGUGGUCCGGGCUGCGUACGGCACCCCGCCACGAUGUCGGCCAGAGCCUUGGCCAGCUGGUGCUGGGCGCGUUGCGGGCCUGCGAUCCCGGGCACGUGACGCAGAUCGGCGACACGGGCCCGGUUACGUGCGGUCAGAUGUACGAGCGGGCCGCGCGCGUCGCCCAGUGGCUGACCGGGCACGGGUACGGCGAGGGCACGAUGGCGGCCCUCGCAUCCCGCAACGGUGAACACGUUGCGCCCGUCAUGUUUGCCUGUUUCGCGCUCGGCAUCACGGUGAACCCGCUCGACGCCGCGUUCGACACCGGUGACUUCGCGCAUAUGUUCGGCAUCACGCGCCCGGUGUUGCUGUUCUGCGAGCAGGACCUCCUGGCCACCGUGCUGGCCGGUGCGGCCCGGGCCGGCAUCGACCCGCGGAUCGUGCUGUUUGGGAGCGCCGAGCACCAGGAAGCUGCCGGCGCUGGCGCUGGCGCGGGCCACUUGCGCAUCGAGGAGCUACUGCAGCCGUCCGGACGGGAGCACCUAUUUGUGCCACCGACACUGGGCGAUCCGGCCAGGCAGCUGGCGGUGAUCCUGUGCUCGUCCGGGACGACCGGACUCCCGAAGGGUGUCAGCUAUACGCACGCGUUCUGCAUCGCCAACCUGCCGACGCUCUGGCGGACGACCGCCGACGAUCGGCUGCUGGCGUUCAGCUCCCUGUACUGGUUGUCCGGGUUCGCUACGCUCAUCGUCGGCACCGUCAACAUGGCGACCCGCAUCAUUACGCGCCGCCCGUUCAGCAGCGAGUACGCGCUGGACCUGCUGGCCCGCCACCGGGUCACGCUGGCCUUCUUUCCGCCAUUCCACGCCAACCUGGUGGUCAGCGAUCCGCGGGCGCCAGCGACCGACAUGAGCGCCCUGAAAACGCUGCUGUGCGGCGGUGCCAGUGUCAGCGCCGACCUGUACCGCCGGCUGCAAAGCUGGCUGCCUCGCACCACCGAGAUCCAGAUCGGGUACGGUAUGUCCGAGUCGAGCCUAAUUGCCCUGACCGACCGGGACGUUCCGUACCGGGACGGUACCGUCGGUUCGCCGCAGCCCCUCACCGAGGUGAAGAUCGUCGACGCCGACACGGGACGAGCGCUGGAGCCGGGCGAGCACGGCGAGAUACUGCUGCGCGUCCAGUACCCGUUCGCCGGGUACUACGAUAAUCCGGAGGAGACGGCCGCCACCGUUACCAGCGACGGUUGGAUCAGUACCGGCGAUAUCGGCCACUUCGACCCGGACGGGCUGCUCUACAUCGUGGCCCGUCGCAAGGAAAUCAUCAAGUACGCCAACUAUCAGAUCCUGCCGGCGGAGCUGGAAACGCUCAUCAAACUGCUGCCGGGCGUGCUGGAGUGCUGCGUCGUUGGCAUCCCGAUACCGGGCAGCGAUCUGCCAGCGGCCGCCAUCAUCCGGUCGCCCGGGGCCACCCUUGACGAGGCGACCGUACACGACUUCAUGCGGUCCCGGGUGGCGGACUACAAGCGGUUGCGCGGGGGCAUCUACUUCUUCGACACGCUGCCCGUUACGCCGUCCGGCAAGGUGAUGCGCCGGAAGUGCCUCGAAACGAUUCUCGCCAUUCGGGCGGGCGAGCCGCAGACACAGACAUGAACCCGCCGAAACCGCAAUAAUGAUCCCUGAUCGAAAUCCCUGAUCGAAAUCCCUGAUAGUUAGGCACAAAAUAAAAAAUCAAAA